AUGUCUCAGAUCGGAGUAUCAUCCACGCCAAAAAGGAAGAACACCAAGAAGCAAACAAAUUUAGUGGAGAAAAUCGAGGUGAUGGAUACAGUGACAGCGCUCAUAUACCGCAGGGAGCAUGAACACGGAAAGGUUGCCAGUAUAUUCCAAGCGUUGGUUCUUCAGCAUAAAUCCGAGCUCAAGAUGUCUCAAGAUAAAAUCAUUGGUCUUGUUCCUGCCAAUGAAGUGAUAUCACACUAUGAACAGUUCAGAGAGUUUGAAGAGCUUUAUCUGAAAGUAUCGAUUGCUCUCGAAGAACACUCUUCUCAGAUUUCCUCAUUUUCUUUGGCCGAGCCACCUGCCUUGAAUAAUCCACCUGCAUACAUUAUCCACCAGCCACUCCAAAUGCCCAUUCCAACUUUUGAUGGCAAGUAUGAUAGUUGGCCAAGAUUUAAGGCAAUUUUUAAAGAUCUGGUUGAUAGGUCCCCUGAUUCUCCAGCGGUUAAGUUGUACCACCUUGAGAAAUCCCUCAUAGGAAAUGCUGCCGGGUUGAUUGACGCGAAAACCAUUAAUGAAGGGGACUACGCUCAUGCUUGGCGUAUUCUCGAAGAGCGAUUUGAGAACAAACGCCACGCUAUCGACACUCACAUAACUGGCCUUUUCAAUUUGAAACGCAUGACAAAAGAGUGUUGUACAGAAUUAAGGUCACUGGUGGACGAAUGUACUCGGCACGUCGAAUCCUUAAAGUACCUCGAGCAAGAGUUUACUGGAAUUUCAGAAUUGAUGUUGGUCCACUUGCUGACGAAUGCACUGGAUAAAAAUACACGUCGUAAUUGGGAAGGAACAGUUAAGCAUGGUAGCCUUCCCUCUUAUCCAUCCGCAAUUAAGUUCCUCAAAGAACAGUGUUUUGUCCUUGAAAGAUGUGAAGCCCAGACCCCGUCUCACUUACAGCAACAGCCAAAGCCGUUCCCUGGAAAGGAUGAAAUUCAUAUAAAUACAGCGGUCGUCACUAGUGAGAGCCCAGUUUUCAAGUGUGACAUCUGUAACCGAGAUCAUGCCAACAAUACCUGCCCGAAUUUUCAUUCACUCUCAAUCCAGAAACGGUUGGCCAAGGCUAAAGAGAAACAAUUGUGUUUCAACUGUCUUCAGAAAAAUCACCGAAGCCAAAACGAAUCCCCCUGCAGAGCCGAACCGGCUUCGACCAGCUCCGAUCGACCUCAACCCGAUCUACCGAACAACGACCCGACUAGUCUCGACCAAAACAACAGCCGACAGAAACCAAUCUCCACCCACGAUUGA